GGGUUACACAGUAGUCCUGCACUAUAGCCGCUGAAGAUGAAACAGUUAACUGCAAAUGAGGUACGAUCUACGUUCAUCGAGUUUUUCAAACAGAAGAAAGCGCACACAUACGUGCAUUCCUCUUCUGUCAUACCACACGAUGACCCUACUUUGCUUUUCGCUAAUGCAGGGAUGAAUCAGUUCAAACCACUUUUCCUUGGCGUUGCGGAUCCCAACAGCGAUCUCGCCAAGCUGAAACGUGCGGUCAACACGCAGAAAUGCAUCCGAGCAGGUGGAAAACAUAAUGACCUGGAUGAUGUGGGAAAAGACGUUUACCAUCACACAUUUUUUGAAAUGCUGGGAAAUUGGUCUUUUGGAGAUUAUUUCAAGAAAGAAAUCAUUACAUGGGCUUGGGAACUUCUCACGGAAGUGUAUGACAUACCUGCCGAUCGUCUUUAUGUCUCAUACUUUGGUGGCGAUGAAAAGGCUGGAAUUCCUGCGGAUGAAGAAGCUAGAAGCAUCUGGUCAAGCCUAGGACUUCCUAACGACCGGAUCUUGCCCUUCGGCAUGAAGGAUAAUUUCUGGGAAAUGGGAGACGUAGGGCCGUGUGGCCCGUGCUCUGAAAUUCAUUACGAUCGUGUUGGCGGCCGCGAUGCUUCACAUCUUGUGAAUGCUGAUGAUCCGAUGGUGGUUGAGAUUUGGAAUCUUGUUUUUAUUCAGUUUAACAGGGAAGAAGGCGGUGCUUUACGGCCACUUCCGUCGAAACACAUUGACUGCGGAUUAGGACUCGAGCGACUGAUCGCAGUGAUCCAGCAGAAAACUUCCAAUUAUGAUACGGAUAUAUUCCAGCCCAUUUUCAAGGCUAUACAACAGGGUACCGGUACCCGUGAGUAUACGGGCAAAGUAGGUGCAGAUGAUACUGACGGCGUGGAUAUGGCCUACCGAGUAGUUGCUGACCACAUAAGAACAUUGACCAUAGCUCUUUCUGACGGGGGUCGGCCGGAUAACACUGGUAGAGGGUAUGUCCUGCGUCGCAUCCUUCGCCGAGGUGUCCGCUAUGCCACUGAGAAACUCAAUGCUCAGCCUGAGUUCUUUGCCUCCCUUGUUCCUGUUGUCAUAGAUAUCUUGGGUGAUACAUUCCCUGAGCUUCGGCGAGACCCAGAGACUGUGCAAGAUAUCAUAAAUGAUGAAGAAAAGCAAUUUUUGAAGACCUUGAACCGUGGCCGUGCACUUUUCCAGAAAGCUGUGGCAGGCAUGGGCGCUGAACAGAAAACAUUCCCCGGCGAUGUUGCUUGGCGAUUGUAUGACACCUACGGUUUUCCUGCUGAUCUUACUCAACUAAUGGCAGAAGAAAAGGGUCUUACCAUCGAUCAAAAUGCAUUUGAGGAAUGCAGAAAGAAAGCUGUUGAGCUGUCUGCAGCCGGAACUGGCAAGUUUCGCGAUACUCUUGAUCUCGAUGUGCAUGCCAUUGCUGAACUGCAAAAGAGAGGAAUACCUCCUACAGAUGACUCACCCAAGUAUAAGUACCAAAAUGAUGGAACCACCGAUGGUUCAGUCAAAUAUACUUUUGCGCCAUGCACCGGCAAAAUUCUUGCCAUUCGAAGCGAAGGAAAGUUCGUGGAUUCCAUUGAAUCUGGCGUUGAAGGUGCAAUAUUAUUGGAUAAGACAAACUUCUAUGCCGAACAAGGAGGUCAGAUAUAUGAUACAGGAGUACUCAGCAAAGUCGACGAAGAGGGCAACGAAUUUGUUGUUUCGAAUUGCCAAGUCCGAGGUGGUUAUAUCGUGCUUGUGGGUUCAUCAAAUGGAAAGUUUUCCGUAGGCGACGAGGUUUCGCAAACAUUUGACGAGGACCGGCGAUUUUUGAUUAUGAAGAAUCACACCGGAACUCAUGUUCUUAACCAUGCUCUUCGUUGUGUGUUGAAGGAUUCGGAUCAAAAAGGAUCACUUGUGGCACCAGAUCGACUCAGAUUUGAUUUUACCAACAAGCACGCAAUGACUGUCAAGCAGGUGAAAGAAGCUGAGGACAUUUGUCAAGAAAUAAUCAAGACGCAUGAGCCAGUAUACGCCAAAGAGUCACCUCUGGCUAAAGCACGCGAAAUCAAUGGUCUGAGAGCCAUGUUUGAUGAGAACUACCCGGAUCCUGUAAGAGUAGUAUGUGUUGGGGUACCUGUAGAGAAACUACUGGAAGAUCCCAAAAGUGAAGCCGGCUUGAAGACUACCGUAGAAUUUUGCGGAGGAACUCAUCUUCAAAAUGUUGGCCACAUUGGCAAUCUGGUUAUUUCAUCGGAAGAAGCUAUAGCUAAAGGUAUCAGAAGAAUAGUCGCGCUAACGGGUCCAGAAGCGGAGAGAGCCAUUGCUCGUGCUGACCGGCUUGCUACAAGAGCACAGGCUAUGUCUGAUGAAGUAGCUGCAUUGAAAGGUGCAGCAUUGGAUGCUGAAAAGUUCAAGACCACAGCGAAGCGGAUACAAGAGCUCAUUGAUGAAAUCAAUGGUGCAAUGUUACCUUACUGGAGGAAAGAUGCUAUCCGCGAACAAUGCAAGACAGCACAGAAAACCCUUGAUUCAUAUAAGAAGUUAGCUGACGCAGCUGUGGCUGAGAAGGUCCUGUCAGAAGCAAAAGAGCUGGCGCAAGGCGACCAUCAGGAUGUACUAGUUCAUGUCUUUUCUUCUGGUGCCAGUAGUAAGGUACUUGACAAUGCUUUGAAACAAUUCAAGACCACAAAAGCAGUCAUGGGUUUUUCUGUUAACGAGGAGAGCGGAAAAGUGCUAGUGCUUGCCAAAGUUGACAAGUCUUUGAUCGAAGGAGGCUUGAAGGCUAAUCAGUGGGUUAAUGAAGUAUGUACUGUUCUUGGUGGACGAGGCGGAGGAAAAGAUGCAAACGCACAGGCUACUGGUGAGAAUAUCGAAAGGCUAGACGAAGCUGUUGCCCUUGCGCGGAAGUUUGCAGAAACGACAAUUGCAUAAGUUUCCAGGAUGUAACUGUUUACGCAUAUAAGGGAUACAGAUCUAAUCUUAUAAUAUUGUACCGAUGACUUUCUACUUCCUUUUCUCAAUAUAUUUAUUGAACAGAUUGUUAAUUAUGAUUAUUGUUCUUGUUAAUGUUUGAGUGAAAACGUCAUUGUUGUGCUUGCUGGGGUCUGUGAGGUUGGAGCUGCUUGGUUUGAUGGAGUUAUUUAUCUAAU